UUUUCUUAUCAUCAAUUUUAAAUUUAUCUGAUAAAAAUUCGCACCUUACAAUACAUUCAUUAAAAUCAUUGUCAUUUCAUCAUAUUCUAAAGUGAAGUCGGGCAUUCACGACGAAUCGAAGUGUACAAAAAGUUCAUACAAAAAUUAUUUGUGAAAUUAAAAAUUGAACGGAUAAAUUUUAAAUUAAAAUUAGUUACUUUAUAUUGUUCACUUGUGUUCAGACUCGGACAUAUGAAAAUAAAUCAUAUGAUAUUGAUGAUAUUAACGAUUUUAGAACUACACUUUUUGAUAGCUUCCGUAGAAGCGUUUAAUAAUGGUGAAAUAAUUGAAUCAGACGAAGCCACUGACUACAAUUUUUUGUUUGCUAUAUUAACAAGAAAUGGAACAUUAGAAACGUUUACAUACAAAUGCACAGCAACUGCUAUUUCAAGAAAUGUAUUAAUUACAGCUGCUCAUUGCUUUAAUAAUUAUUGGAAACUCGAUCCUAAAGAACGGCAGAAUAACACUUUUUACAUAUAUCCCGCUAAACACCGUCUGAAUUUAAACAACUUUGAAGAGACAUUGAAAGGAAGUAUACCAAUUAAUAUGAAUGAUGUAAAAAAACAUCCUGAUUAUGUAAAGGAAGAAACAUGUCCAACAUAUGAUAUAGCUACCAUUACGAUAAAAAAUAUACCAGUAAUUCUGAGAACUAUCCCUUUAUGUGCUGAUUUUUAUCCGAAAGGAAAAGCAAUUUCUUUAAUCAAAGCUGGUUUUCAAGCUCAGAGUAAAAAUGAACCACAUAUAAUGAAUUAUGGUAUAUUUGAAAUUGAAAAUAAUCCAAAUAAAUGUGAAAAUAACACUUACAUUCGAAACAAUGAUACUCAAUUUUGUACAACUUCUAGGAACUCUUAUCACACAGAAGGGGGAGACUCUGGUGCUCCACUCCUAGCAAAUACCACACAUCCUUCAUGUUUAAUGGGGGUAGUUUCCUGUGGAGUAAGAAUGUAUACAAUAUUUGCUCGGCCAACUAAAAAUGAUAUUUGGAAAGAACUAUUUUUAUCCGAAUCUAAUAUUACUACGAUUGAUACGAUGAUUGAUACGACUCUAUAUUACCACAUUGUUAUUAUUAUUAUUUUAAUUUUAAUAGUUAGUAUUAUGUCUUUUUUCCUAUUUCCCAAACAUUACACAACUCAAACUACACCAUUAUUAGAACUUAGACAUCUUACUGUACGAGAAUUGGUAGAUGUCUUACCAAGUUAACGAAACCUUUGCGCAGUUGAAAAUAUUUUUUUGAGUUUUAACUUUCAACAUAAAUAUUUGGAACUGAUUAAUAUAUUUAUUUAAA